ACCCCACUUUCUAAUUUUAGCCGACAACAGGCGCAGAAGAACCCCCACCCUCUCUCUCUCUCUCGAGCACCAACAAACACACACCAAAAUCACCCUGCUUUUCACACACUCACUUCAACUUUAUCUUCUGCAAUCCAUACCUGUUGAUAGCCUUUUGAUUUUGACUACCAUUAUGAUGUGAUACCCAGGUUGUGUUAGGGUUUUUCCUGUUCAGAACCUGAGCUUGAUUUCAGUUUAGGAUGGGGAACUGUUGCAGAUCUCCGGCGGCGGUGGCCAGGGAGGAUGUCAAGUCAUCUAACUACUCCGGACACGAUCAUAACAACAAGAAGGACAAGGCGAACGCGAAGAAGGCGCCGAUCAAUGUCUUGACUGAUGUAUCUAAAGAAAAUAUUGAAGAAAAAUAUAUGGUGGAUAGGGAACUUGGGCGCGGUGAAUUCGGAGUUACUUACCUGUGUAUAGAUCGGAGUUCGAGGGAGUUGCUUGCUUGCAAGUCGAUUUCGAAGAGGAAGCUACGGACGGCGGUGGAUGUGGAUGAUGUGAGGAGGGAAGUAGCGAUCAUGAAGCACUUGCCGGAUAAUUCGAGUAUUGUGACGUUUAGAGAGGCCUGUGAGGAUGAGAAUGCUGUGCAUUUGGUGAUGGAGUUGUGUGAGGGCGGGGAACUUUUUGAUCGGAUCGUUGCUCGGGGGCAUUAUACGGAGCGUGCGGCUGCUGCUGUUACCAGGACGAUGGUGGAAGUUGUGCAGCUUUGUCAUAAGCAUGGAGUGAUUCAUAGAGACUUGAAACCGGAGAAUUUUUUGUUUGCGAACAAGAAGGAGAAUUCGCCUCUCAAAGCUAUUGAUUUCGGCCUAUCUAUCUUCUUUAAGCCAGGUGAGAAGUUCUCUGAAAUUGUUGGAAGCCCUUAUUACAUGGCUCCAGAGGUACUUAAGCGUAGCUAUGGACCAGAGAUUGAUAUAUGGAGUGCAGGAGUCAUUCUUUAUAUUCUAUUAUGUGGUGUUCCUCCAUUCUGGGCAGAAUCUGAACAAGGGGUUGCACAGGCUAUUCUUCGUGGGCUAAUUGAUUUCAAACGCGAACCAUGGCCCAGUGUUUCAGAAGGUGCCAAGAGUCUUGUACGCCAAAUGUUAGAACCAGAUCCAAAGCUUCGCCUUACAGCUAUGCAAGUACUUGAACAUCCUUGGCUCCAAAAUGCUAAAAAAGCUCCUAAUGUUCCACUUGGUGAUGUUGUCAAGUCAAGACUAAAACAGUUCUCAUUAAUGAAUCGAUUCAAGAGAAAGGCUCUUAGGGUUAUUGCGGAUUUCUUUUCCAAUGAAGAACUUGAAGACAUUAAGGACACGUUUAAAAAGAUUGAUACGGAUGAUGAUGGUAUUAUUACAAUUGAAGAAUUAAAAACCGGAUUACAAAAAUUGAAUACACAACUUGCUGAGUCGGAAGUACAACUGCUUAUUGAAGCUGUAGAUUCAAAUGGAAAAGGUAGUUUGGAUUAUGGGGAAUUUGCUGCUGUUUCACUCCACCUUAAAAAAAUGGCAAACGACGAACAUCUUCACAAGGCUUUCUCAUAUUUUGACAAAGACAGUAAUGGCUUCAUAGAGCCAGACGAGCUUCGCGCUUCCUUAAUGGAAGACGGAGACGAUGAUUGUUCAAAUAUCGCAAAUGACAUCUUCCAAGAAGUUGACACAGAUAAGGAUGGAAAAAUCAGCUACGAGGAGUUUGCGGCGAUGAUGAAAACAGGAACGGAUUGGAGAAAAGCUUCUCGACAUUAUUCGAGGGGACGAUUUAACAGCUUGAGUGUAAAGCUCAUGAAAGAUGGUUCUCUGAAUUUGGGGAACACAGAGUAAGGAUUGAAUUUGUUUUGUAAUUAUAUCUUGUUGGUAGCAUAUGGUUACACUAGUGUAUGGUUUUGGAGAACUUUUGUGGAUGGGUUAAUAGAUUCUUUCUUGCAAAAGAAAUAGUGUUUUGAACU